UCACAGCGUCAUCACAAUUGGAGAGAGAACGAAAAUGGGAAUAAGGUCCCCUUUUCAUAGAGCCUUAACAAGCAGUUCUUCGAUGGUGGUACAGAAGAGGGCGACAACGUACCGUGAUUAGUGAGGAGUGGCGGUGACAGAGAUGACCGGCAAUAGGCAAUAGGGAUGGUAGAUGGGCGGCAACAAUCAUCGGCGGAGAUGGCCGAUGAUGAAGCCAAUAGAAAACUUAUAAGAAUUGGUGGUGUUGCCAGUGUCCAUAUGGAGUUCAAUGAUCUACAUGCUGGUAAAGCAUCAAGAGAAGUCGAGUCCAGAAAGUAUAGACCCCAAUUGACAAUGGCUAUUCUCAUCCUUGCAGCAACUCACAGGCAUGAAUUUAUGUUUUAUGCUUCAGGACACUUGGUUUUGGAAGUAGUACUGCACUCAUAUCCUCUGAUCACUGCCAUGGCCAAUGCUGCUACUACCCUUGUUUCAGUCUGUGCAGAGGAAGGAAACUCUUCCUUGAAGGUGGAGCUCAAAUGCUCACUUGUCAGAUUUUCGUUAUGAUCGAUAUUCCCUUUAAAUUUGGAAUAAGUGGGAAACCUGGUGAACUCUCCAAGGAGUUUGCUGCUGCUGUGGUUCUUCUUAUUUGUGUGUCCAUUGCAGGAUUUGCAAGGUCAUGUGGCCUCUAGGGCGGUUGGUGCCAAUGAAAUUUUUUCUAUCGAAAUCCCAUCUGCUGCUCAGAGUAUUAAAGUUUUGGUUAACAUGAUCUUUACAUUUGGGAUUUGCUAAAAUCUUCUCUGCAAUGCUAUGCCACUUGAAGUCUAGUCUAGUCUAUUCAUUUUCUUUUUCUUUGUAGUGAUGAUGUCCAUGCUUAUAUGCUACUUGUUGCUUGAAACUAAGUGUAUUCAAACCGAAGAGACUGGUACUGGAAAAAAUCUGAGACUGAUGAGCCUCCUCCACAUAAUGCCAUGGAGAUUGUCAAUGGUGGUGUGGAUCUAUAGCAGAUUUAAGUUCAUGUUUCAACAUAAUUUGACCAACGAUAACAUUGUAGUAGGCAGCUUCUUUUUAGUGCAAAAAAACGCUGGUUGAAUUUUGAA